AUGGUUUUUCCUAUCCCCAUUCAAGAUCGUAAUGUUGCAACACCUCGGGAUUAUUACAUGGCCCUCGCCAACACUGUUAGAGAUCACCUAGUUAGCAGAUGGAUUCGUACGCAGCAGCACUACUACGAAAAAGAUCCUAAGAGAGUUUACUACCUCUCUCUUGAAUUUUAUAUGGGACGUACUCUCUCCAACACUAUGAUGAACCUUGGACUUCAAGCUACCGUUGAUGAAGCUCUCUACCAGCUUGGUUUGGAAAUCGAGGAACUUCAAGAAAUUGAGGAAGACGCUGGCUUAGGAAAUGGUGGCCUUGGACGACUUGCUGCUUGUUUCCUGGACUCCAUGGCCACGCUUGGAAUCCCAGCGUAUGGUUAUGGACUUCGAUAUGAAUAUGGGAUCUUCAAGCAGCUCAUCAGGGACGGUUGGCAGGUAGAAGAGCCAGAUGAUUGGCUUCGAUUCGGAAACCCGUGGGAGAAGGCUAGACCAGAGUAUAUGCUGCCAGUCAACUUCUAUGGCAAAGUGGUUAAGGACGCGAAGGGAAGGUCGAACUGGGUGGAUACACAAGUGGUCUUUGCUAUGCCAUAUGACACUCCUGUCCCGGGAUAUCGUAAUAACGUUGUGAACACCCUUCGUUUGUGGAGUGCCAAGGCUGAAAACCACUUCCACUUAAAAUUCUUCAACGAUGGUGACUACGUGCAAGCCGUUAUGGACCGAAACCUUUCUGAGAACAUCACCAGGGUGCUAUAUCCCAAUGAUAACGUAUUCAUUGGCAAAGAACUUCGUUUAAAACAACAGUACUUCUUGGUUGCGGCUACUCUACAGGAUAUUAUCAGACGCUUCAAAUCGAGCAAAUAUGGUUGCCGUGAUGCGAUUCGCGUAAAUUUCGAUGCAUUCCCGGACAAGGUUGCCAUCCAGCUGAACGACACUCAUCCUUCAAUUGGUAUUCCCGAGUUGAUUCGCUUGCUUGUUGAUAUCGAAGGUGAGGGACUAACCUGGGCUCAAGCGUGGGAUAUCUGCGUGAAAACAUUUGCCUACACCAACCACACUCUUUUACCUGAAGCUCUCGAAAGAUGGCCAGUAUCCAUGCUGCAAUCUUUACUACCUCGACACUUAGAGAUUAUUUAUGAAAUCAAUCAGAGAUUUAUGGAGGCUGUCGCUGCGCGUUAUCCUGGUGAUUUUGAUAGAAUGCGCCGCAUGUCCAUAGUCGAAGAGGCGGAUCAAUUUGGAGAGAAACGUAUCAACAUGGCCAAUCUUUGCAUCGUCGCUUCACAUGCUACCAAUGGAGUAGCUGCGCUGCACUCACAACUGUUGAAGACCACGACGUUAGUUUAUCUACCUUUAUGUAAUCCUUACGUCAAACCAUUUUCAAAGUUCAACGACUUCUAUGAGAUGUAUCCGGAGAGGUUCCAAAACAAAACCAAUGGUAUUACACCUCGCCGUUGGCUUCUUCUGUCUAAUCCUUCACUUGCUGACCUCAUUGCAGAGGUACAACCUGAGUAUGAUGGAGAUAAGAAAAUUGGAGAGGCUUGGAUUACUAAUCUGGAUGAGCUGCAGAAGCUGAAAGAGUAUGCUGAUAAUCCAGGAUUCCUAGAUGCGCUUCGUCGCGUGAAACAAGAAAAUAAGAUGCGCGUAGCUCAGUACAUCACUGAGGACUACAACGUAGAAAUCAAUCCUGCCAGUAUCUUCGAUAUCCAUGUGAAACGACUCCACGAGUACAAGAGACAACUGCUGAAUAUACUCCAUGUGAUAUGCCUCUAUAAUAGAAUCAAAGCUAAUCCAAACAUCGAUAUGGUUCCUAGGACAUUCCUGUACGGUGGAAAGGCAGCCCCUGGGUAUCACAUGGCUAAGCAAAUCAUUCGACUUAUUACUAGUGUAGGUGAGGUUGUGAAUAACGAUCCGAUAGUAGGAGAUAAACUCAAGGUGAAUUUAUUUCUCUUCAUUUAGUC